GUGCCUCCCGUGGCCUGCAGACGGUGGCUGAACCUGCAGGAGUACCAGAGCAAGAAGCUGAUGUCGGACAACGGGGUGCGCGUCCAGAGGUUCUUCGUGGCCAGCACCGCGCGCGAAGCCCUGGAGGCGGCCAAGAGGCUGAAUGCAAAAGAAAUUGUUUUAAAAGCGCAAAUCCUAGCGGGAGGAAGAGGAAAAGGAGUCUUCAACAGUGGUUUGAAAGGAGGCGUGCAUCUCACAAAGGACCCUAAAGUUGUGGGACAGCUGGCCAAACAGAUGAUCGGGUACAACCUAGCAACAAAGCAAACCUCCAAGGAAGGUGUGAAAGUCAACAAGGUGAUGGUUGCUGAAGCCCUGGACAUCUCGAGGGAAACCUACCUGGCAAUUCUGAUGGACCGGUCCUGCAACGGCCCCGUGCUGGUGGGCAGCCCCCAGGGGGGCGUUGACAUUGAAGAGGUGGCGGCUUCCAAUCCAGAGCUGAUUUUUAAGGUACGCUUAAUGGCCUGGCCAUGCCUGUUCACGGACUGUUACGAUAGACGCCGACAGACGUCCACCUCCUGGGUCAGCUCUGCCCCGGGUGGCCCUGCCGGGCACACACGCUCUCCCGGGACACCGGCGGCAGACCAGAUUAAGAAGCUGUACAACCUCUUCCUGAAGAUCGAUGCCACUCAGGUGGAAGUGAACCCCUUUGGCGAGACUCCCGAAGGACAAGUUGUCUGCUUUGAUGCCAAGAUAAACUUUGACGACAACGCCGAGUUCCGCCAGAAGGACAUAUUUGCCCUGGACGACAAGUCGGAGAACGAGCCCAUCGAGAACGAAGCUGCCCGGUACGACCUCAAGUACAUCGGGCUGGACGGGAACAUCGCCUGCUUCGUGAACGGCGCGGGACUCGCCAUGGCGACCUGUGACAUCAUCUUCCUCAAUGGCGGGAAGCCAGCCAACUUCCUGGAUCUUGGUGGUGGGGUGAAGGAAGCCCAAGUCUACCAAGCUUUCAAGUUGCUCACGUCGGACCCCAAGGUGGAAGCCAUCCUGGUCAACAUCUUCGGGGGCAUCGUCAACUGCGCCAUCAUUGCCAACGGCAUCACCAAGGCCUGUCGGGAGCUGGAGCUCAAGGUGCCCCUCGUGGUGCGUCUGGAAGGGACCAACGUCCAGGAGGCUCAGAACAUACUCCGGAACAGCGGCCUGCCCAUCACCGCCGCCGUGGACCUGGAGGACGCUGCCAAGAAAGCCGUGGCCAGUGUGGCAAAGAAGUGACCUGCCGGUGACCCUCUGAGGCAUCCCCUCCCCACUGUGCAGCAGGGUCCCGCCCGGGGAAGAGGGUCUCGCAGCUGCUCUCUCAGUCACGACGUCUGCCCAGCCUGGUCUUCCCCAGCAGCCCCCCAUUCCACGCUCUCCCCAUGUGAGUGCUCCGUGGCCGGGACGGCCUCACCACAGGCCUGGUUCCCGGACCCCGAAUCUCACGUAGCAAGAACCCACAGGCCACCAAGGUCCCCGGCGGGAUUCCCUCUAGCAUCGGCCGUCAGGGGUACAGGGGGACACCCAGGCAAGUAGCCCUGACGCCCGGUCACCAGCACAGCCACAGUGUCCCCCGGAGGUGCCGCGUAGUGCGUCUCCACACUGGUCCGCCGUGCUGGCUUUCACCGUGGCCUUACUGCUGAGCACACCGUUCACCUCUCUCUGAAGCCUUCCUCAUGAGCUCCCGGUUCAGUGCCACAGCUGGUGCUCACGGACCCUCCGUCCCUCCGUCACUGAGUCCCGGCAGAUGACCCGGCCUGAAGGUCAGACUGGUGCUUCUGCAGAGUCUCCCUCCGUCCCGUCCUCACCCAGGACCACCAGCUGAGGGAAGGGUGGGAAAUUCUCACCUGAGGGAAUGUGGGGUUUCCCAUUCCGUCCGUUUUUGUGGUGGGAAAAAUUUGUAUUUAGUUUUUGUUCAAAUUUUGGUAAAUUUCUAUCUGUAUGCAAUUUUAAAUAAAAUCAUGUUUCUUAAACUCUAA